AAAUUCGAUUUGACAUGAUUUAACUAUUCCAUUAUGAAAUUGUGUGCAAACUGUGAAACAGUCAGCCGAACCAUUGAAAGAUCGCUGAUGAACUAACGACGAAACCAAUCACAGAAAGCAUUAAUGAUGUAAACCAUGUUGCUCCAGUAAACGAUGCUGAUCCUAUGUAUGAAAACAGUGAUAUGCUGGCCAUAGAGUUGGCGACAAUCACAAAAUAUGAAGACAGUUCUAAAGAUCCCCUGUCAAAGAAGGCGAUUAACAAACAAAAACAGAAAAAACAGAGAGAAAGGGCAUUUGCUAAUUCGACUGAACAAGAUCCCGAGUCUGACUAUUAUAACUUACAACCCAGUGCACCUAUUGACAGAAUUAGUGUAGUUUAUCUUCAAGAUGUAUUUACUAAGCUAAAUUCAAAAGAGAACGCCUUUAGUGAUAUGUUCCAGGGCCUGCCAUCAGAAUUUACUGCUGCAUAUGAUGAUUCACAAAUUGAGGAAAACAGAGCCAAGAAUCGGUAUCGGGGAUAUUAUCCUUAUGAUCACAAUCGUGUAAUACUCAGUGAAGUUGGAAAUGAUCCACAUUCUAAUUAUAUUAACGCCAGUUACGUAGAUAGCUACAGUCAAAGCCAGUUUUUCAUAGCAGCACAAGGUCCAACUAAAGUAACAAUAAACGACUUUGUCAGGAUGAUUUUUGAAGAGGGAGUGGACAAGAUUGUUAUGUUAACAAAUUUGGUUGAAGGCGGGAAAUAUAAAUGUGAAAGAUAUUGGCCGGAGACUGGAAGAGAAUUGUUCGGUAAUCUAGAACUUACUCUACAUGAUGAAAUUCGACGAGCAAGUUAUACAACUAGAAGGAUCAGACUAAAACAUUUAAAGUCCGGCAGAGAGCACGAGACCAGUAUAUUCCAUUUUACAGCUUGGGCGGAUCAUGGCGUACCGGAAGUAGGAGAUUUAUUAGAUUACCUAUAUCGUGUUCAAGAAUAUGAAUCAGAUUCAAAAUCUCCUACUCUAGUUCACUGCAGUGCUGGUAUAGGACGGACUGGUACAUUCAUAGCUAUAGAUGCUCUUCUGAAGGAAGGACAUGCGACAGGAAGUAUUGACGUUCUGCAGUUUAUUAAAACUAUGAGAGGUCAACGAAAGGGUAUGAUCCAAACAGCGAAUCAACUUAAAUUUGUCUAUGAGGCUGUGGUUGAAGCAUUUAAAUAUGGAAAGACCAGUACACCUGUAUUAGAAUAUGACAUAAUAUCUGGCAAAUCAAAAAAGUUCCAUUUGACAAAGUUUUCUAGAAACAAAGAACUACAGUUGCUGAAAGGAAUGAUAAACGAAGCUGAUAAAAAUAAGAUCUAUGUUCCAGGGAAACCACAGUUGGAUAUUCAUAGCGCCCCAUCAUGGAAGAAAACUAUUGGUUAUAUUAUUAGUGAUAUUAAAGGACAUGAUAUGGAAUCAUUGUGGAAUUUAAUCAGUGAUCAGGAAAGUUCUGUAGCUGUGGUAAUAUUAAAUGAUCAGAACCAAGAUUCAGUUUGUCCCUUUUCGGCAACUCAUGAGAUUAUUGGUAAAAUGACUAUUUCUUCUGCAGUAGAAUGUUUACCUACUGAUGAAUUUGAAAUACUGACUGUUACUACUUAUAAACAGAAAAUAAAACAUGUGUGUAAGAUGAUAAUACUGAAAACUGGAAGUGAAUAUGGAUUAGAACAACUAAAAUCAGAUAUUAUAGAACUAAUAAGACAAACUGAUCAGUAUGAUUCUACAUCUCAUCCAGUGACAGUUGUUUAUAGUGAUAUGAAACAUGCUGCUAUUUUUUGUAUUGUAAGAAAUAUACUAGAAAGAAUAAAACUUGAUAAUGAAGUGGAAAUUUUUAACACAACAAGAAAGAUUUUAAAAUCAUUAAAUGGUGUCAUUAAUCAAACCGAGGAAUACGACUUCAUUUAUAAAAUGAUUAGUGAACAAUUAUCAAGUCUAAAUAUGUAUGAAAAUGUGUAAAGUCCUUAGCUUUAAGAUUUAUUUAUGUCACUAAUUUUUAGUUUUGUAUAGUACACUCAUUUGUACUUUCGUAACCAUAAUAUUGAUAUAUUAAUGCACAAUGAUUUUGACUAGGUGUUACUCUUAUGGCUUCUGAAUGUAAUACAGGACAGGGCUUAUAAUGGGCUUGGGUGAAAUAGACUUUAGAGCUGUGUGCGGACAACAUUAAGGAUGAACCUUAUAAAGAUUUACAUGACACAAGUAUAUUUGUAAAGUUAUUGUCCCUGUCUUGAAUGCGAUUUUUUUUUAAAAAACUUUUCAGGAUCGUUCAGCCAAGCUUUGUAUCAAAAUUCAGAAUUAACCACCCUUUAUGCGUAGUUGUUAUCCAUGGCACCAUUUUUAAAAAAAAAAAAAAAUCAUAUUAUUUGCUCUCAAUGCAAUAUUGUCUUCUUUUUGUACUAACCAUUUUGUUUUGUAGGUGGGGUGGGGUGAGAGAAUCGGGGUGGGGUGUACAACUUUUUAUCUAUAAUUGUUUGAAGAUAUAACUAUCAUUAUUUAAUUUGUUCAUUUAAAAAUCAUUUAAUUUGUUCAUUUAAAUAUUGUUUAAUUUAUUCAAUUUUAGAUUAUAUAUUUUGUUCAAUUACAGAUUUUAUUUGUCCAUUUAUUUUAUAAAUUAUUCAUUUUGUUCUUAAUCUAUUCAAUAUAUUAUUAUGUUACAUGUUUUCAUUAUAAUCCGUUAAAUGAUUAUCUAAAAUGUAUAAAACGUUACCCUGCUUUAUAGUUACUGGAACGGCAAAGACGCAGAUCUGAAACGCUGAAUAUAUUGAACGAGAAUGAAGUUGUUUUUUUUAAAAAAAAAAAAUGUUUAAAUUGU